UCAUCACAGAGGCAGUUAAGUUCUUUCAUGCCAGGAAAAACAAAAUGCUGGGUGCCUCAUGAAAUUUCAGAACCUGAUUGCAAAAGGAUCCUACAAAGAGGAAAUAAAAUGUAGCAAGGUGGACCGCUCUACAUGUGUUUGUCAGUGGAAUUUUUCCACAUCUCAUACCACGAACAUGAGAAAAAAUGAUUAUUGAUGAUUGAAGCCUGAUAAAAUUCCAAAGCCUACCUCUUCUCUUCUCAGAUUAGAGAAAAAUGAGCGGGCGGACCUGCUGGAUCUGCAAGGUGUGCAGAGAGGCAUCCGAGCGGCGCCCCGCGCAGUUACACUUCAACCUCUUUAACGGAUCUCCUCCCACUAUGCCAGGUGCCUGCUAAUGCCGCCGGCUGCCCGUUCCACACCGGCGACCGGGCUAAAUAUAUUCUAAACUGGAUGGCAAUGAACACACUGAGCAUUUCAAAAAAGGGAAACCUCACCCUGGAGGAGGUGCUCGCGUGGGCCCAGUCCUUUGAAGAGCUGAUGGCCACGAAACAUGGUCCGGUAGUCUACGCGGCAUACCUAAAAAUGGAGCACAGUGAUGAGAAUAUCAAAUUCUGGAUGGCCUGUGAAACCUAUAAGAAAAUUGCCUCACGACGGGGCAGAAUUUCUCAGGCCAAGAAGCUGUGUAAGCUUUACAUCCAGCCAGAGUCCCCUCGAGAGAUCAACAUUGACAGUUCGACCAGGGAGGCCAUCUUCAGGAAUAUCCGAGAACCCACGGAGACGUGCUUUGAAGAGGCCCAGAGAAUAGUGUACACGCACAUGGAGAGAGACUCGUACCCCAGGUUUUUAAAGUCGGAAAUGUACCAGCAGCUUGUGAAGGCUGUGCAGUCCAACGCCAGUUCCUGACGACCACUCGGUGAGGUCGACCACUACAGUGAGGGCGGCCUAUGGAAAGUGCGGCUUUCUCGUUCUAAGUUUUAAAAAAGAAAACUCACAAAAUGAACAACAGAGUAGGAAUAAGGUACAAGGAAUCAAACCAUAAACUGGGCUCUAGUUCCCAAAGAGAAACGGGCCCCAAAGGGAUGGGCCCUGGGACUGUGGGCCCGGGCAGAACACCACCCGCGGCUCGCGGACGCAGCGCUCAGCUGACGCGCACGGGAGAGGAGGGUCUCCCCCGCCGGCCCCGGUGCUACAACCUGCCCCGCAGCGGGCAGCUGACGGAGGCUCCCCGCGCGUGAAAUGCAGUGCCACAAUGUGCGGGGCAGUCCUUUAGACGCUGUAGCUGUAUGAGUUGUCUCUCUGGCAUGAAUGUCGCGUACAGAAAUGCUCAUAAUAACAUUCACUGGCAGACAAACUUAGUACCCACAGUGCAAUCAAUCAUGUCAUAUCAUGAGUGGUAUCAACAAGAUCGGUUCUUGAGAAAUGUUUUGCCUGUAAAAUUUUCCUACUAUGAUGUGCAUAACUGAAUUUCUGUGUUGCAUUUAUCUUCGACCUGUGAACAAUUUCUGAUGAUUCUAAGCUAUUAAAAGUGUAUUAAUUACUUCAUUCAGUUCUAUGCUUUUAUCAGUAGAAGGGUAGAAAAUUUGGUCCCUGUACUUGGAGAUAUUUUUUCCUUACAAUGUGAAUUCAUUAUGGUCCUAAUAAUCAA